AUGUCCACCUUCGGAGGAAAUGUCUCUAUCACCCACAUCACGACCGCCACGGCGAUCCUCAACAUUGAUGGGGUGCGAUUCCUGACCGAUCCCGUGUUCUGCCCUGCAGGCUCCGAGUACAUCUACGACGGCUGGUCCAAGGCUCCCAACCUUGAGGAAUUCGGCUUCAAGGGCGAGCCCCCGGCAGGCAUUCUCCGAAGCUUCGAGGGUCCAGCCCUGCAGCUCCACGACAUCCCACCCAUCGAUGCCGUCUUGCUCAGUCACGAGGAUCAUGUCGACAACCUUGAUCCCCUGGGCCGUCAAUUGCUAGACGGCCGCCAUGUCUUCACCACACCCGACGGUGCACACAAUCUCCAGCCACGCCCUGGAGUCGUCGGACUUCGCCCUUGGCAGACCGUUUGCACCAAGCUCGGAGGCAAGGAAUACCGUAUCACGGGAACUCCUUGCAAGCACUUCCCCGGAGGCGAGGUUACGGGAUUCAUCAUCGAGUGCGACUCAUUCGGUAUUCAUGAGUCCGGUCUGCCGAAUGUGGUUUAUUUCUCUGGCGAUACUGUGUGGAUUGAUGAGCUGGCUGCAAUCAAGGACAAGUGGCAUGUUUCCAUCGCCGUCUUGAACCUGGGGAAUGCGCUCUUCGAGCAUCCCAAUGGGGUUCUACAAAUCACUUUCGAUGGGAAGCAGGCUGCUCAUUUGAUGCGCGAGCUGAAUGUUGAUCGGAUGGUUCCUAUUCACUUCGAAUCGUGGGAACAUUUCACCGAGCAUCAGGCUGAUUUGGCUAAGGUCUUUGAGGAAGAAAAGGUGUCGGACAGAGUUUGUUGGCUUGUUCCUGGUCAGGAUACUCCAGCCGUGGCGUAG